AUGUCGUUUUUAAUAUGGGGUCCCGUCAGGGAACUGGGAGUUCUCCUCCUCCAGGGGAAGCAGCACAGGGAAAUUGCCAUCCAGGAAGUGUUCCUUUCCCUAGGUUCUGGGGAAAACCCUCCGAUGAUCUCGGUAACUGAAGGGGAACCUGUCUCCUUUGAGUGUUCCUUUGAUGGAUCCCCUGCAGUUGGCGAUCCAUUCUACGAGAUAAUCUGGAUGUAUGAGAUGACCCAUAAAAAUGUGUCCAAGAGAAUCCUGGCCUUUAGGAUGACUCGACCCAAUACCAGUGUCCCUGUCUCAGUCACUGAAGGCUAUUUUAGGGGUUGUUUAGAAUUUGAAAAGAACACCAGCUCUCUCGUCAUCCCCAAGGUGCAGGUGAAUGACAGCGGCCUGUAUUACUGCGACGUGGACACAAUACCACUCCAUGUUAAAUUAAGAACAAAUGGGACUCAUCUCAUUGUCACGGCCCCCACAGACGCAGUGAGUGUCCUGCUGAUCUCCAGUCUGACUGCUGGGCUACUUCUGUUCCUCCUUGCUUUGGGCUUGUAUUUUACAUUAAAGCGCCGAAUCCAGGACAAGAAACCAGAAGUUUCCCUGGAAAUGUCCGAUCCCAUUUGCAGCACCCCUGCCCCUGCCCGGAGAGAGUCCUUUACACAGCCCAUCGGCAGUGAAAUGAUCUAUUCAAAACUGCAGUGGAGCAAGUACAGUGUGGUGUCCUCUCCAGAGGGGAGCGCUCACACUGGCGAGCCAGUGACGAAGGAGCCCAGAGCGGGGAUCAGUGACCCAGGAACGGACACGGUGUAUGCCAUGCUUCAGGCACCGCAAAUGUAUCCCCUCCAUCUCAUGUAA